CAAGCCCCAACGAAUGCAGAUGAUGAGAUUGGGUGGCCAGACCCAAUGAAUGAAAUGCUGAGCGAGGCAGCAUCUGACCUGAAAGCUAAGAUCAUGGCGAGAAUGAAAGCUGGGCAACCUAGAAACCGAUUACAACGGCUAUGUGAAGUACCACCUGAAAGUCUCAUGGAAAGUGUGAAUGCAGCACUGAGGGCGAUCCCUACCGUAACGAUCACGGAAACCAAUGAGCUGAUAUACGCUUCAGCAUCAGUGAUCCUGGAGACUCUGGGCUAUAAGAGCAACCAUGGAAGCCAUGAGAUACGUUACCCACCAUGGAAAAGACGGUUGGAGGCUAAGAUCAAGGCGGCCCGGAAUGAUGUGAGUCAAUUGACGGAGGCCCAGAGAGGUGUGAUGAAAAGGCCGAUACCCGAGAAGUACAUCCAGAUGACCAUACCUGAAGCACUCGAGACUGCCAAACAAAGGCCCCAAGCCUUGUCCAGUCGCCUAAAGCGGUACACGAAAGAGAAUGAGGCCAGACGAAUAAACAGGCUGUUCGCAACACAACCUGCGAAAGUGUACGCUCAGUGGCAGGGUCCUAACAACAGAGCUGACCCACCAAGACUGGAAACUGAAAGGUACUGGAAAGGCAUAUGGGAGAAGGAGAAGGUUGCACAUAACAGCAGUGCACAAUGGCUGGUGACCCUGAGAGAGGAGCACAGCAACCUCCCUGAACAGAACCCAGUUAUCAUAACAGUGGCAGACAUACAGGAAAGAGUCUCAGAUAUGAAGAACUGGACUGCAUCAGGCCCGGACAUGGUCCACACAUACUGGCUAAAGUAUAGCUGUCAACUUUUCGGAGCGCCAACCUGUAUAAACUACCAAAAAAAUCUUUAUAACAUACCAAAGCAUUUUAUAUGUCAAAAAGGCAGAAAAAACACGAAAUUUUCAAUGAUAUUUAUUGUAGAUCUCCAAAAUACAAUGUCUGGUUAAUGUAUAAUCAUCAUUCUAACGGAAAUUUUCAGGAUCCGUAUGACAUGUGCGACACGGCCAUAUACAUAAGAUUCACUACAAAAUCCGUAUGAACUAAGGCUAAACGGUAUGAGUUGACAGGUAUGCUAAAGAAACUCACAGCACUCCAUGAGUGCCUAACAGCACAAAUGAACCACCUGCUGAGGAAUGGGACUC